CGGUCGUACCAGAGAAAUUGAAGAGGAGGGAUGUUGGGAGCCACCCUGUACAAGCCUUGACAGAGUUCGUCAUGCGCCCGAUGUUAGGCGACCGUAUGCGUGAAAGCACGAUCGACGCUCUUCGGGAUAGAGAGAUCGCUCUCUUCUCUCCCGACCGGCUAAGGCAAAGGACGUAUCGUUUGGUCCGUGUGUAAAAUAUUACAUUAUAUUAAUAAAAGUUAUUGUUGUAGAUCGAAGAUACAAAAGUGGCGACGAGAAUAAUUCUGGCGAGCUGUUUCCCGUGAUUUUAUCGAUUUUGAUUUCUAUUUUACCCGUUUUCUGUGUAAACGGAGGAUCCGUGUCUUUGACCUGAUGGAACGAAAUGGUGAACCAUCGCCAUCGCGGAGCAGCCAUGACCCAAGCCAGCGAACCGUCACCAAUUUACCGUUGGACACGAAUGCCUUCAUCCAAGACAUAUUUAAGCAGCAGCAGGAAAUUCUUCAUCAGCAACAACAGUCCUUUUUGCAACAGCAGGAGCAGCUAAUUACUAAAGUGCUAGCUUCAAUUGGAUCGCGACAACAUGUGGGAAAUGAACACAUUAUUGAUGCCCUAGCAAAACACAUACAAGAGUUCCACUAUGAUCCGGAGGAUGCUGUUACAUUCAGUGCUUGGUUUGCGCGAUACGAAGAUCUCUUCGAAAGGGAUGCGGAACGUCUGGACGAUGCCGCGCGAGUGCGUCUUUUGUUGCGGAAGCUGGGUGCAGCGGAACACGAGCGAUAUGUAAGUCACAUUCUUCCAGCUAAACUAAAUGAUUUCGAUUUUAGAUCGACGACUGGCAAGCUGAGAAAAUUAUUCGAUUCUCCUGAAUCCGUCAUCGCCAAACGGUACCGAUGCUUGCAGAUGUGUAAAUUGCAGGAAGAAGACUACAUGACUUACUCGUGCCGCGUGAACAAGGCUGUUAUAGAAUCCGAGCUGGGAAAGUUAUCCGAAGAGGAACUAAAAUGUCUAAUUUUUGUAUGUGGUCUGAAAGACGACAGUUAUUCCGAGAUUUGCAUAAGGCUCCUAAAUCGACUAGAGGAGAAAAGCGAUAAAACGGUAACGGAUAUGGCAGAAGAGUGUAAACGGAUGGUGAACUUGAAGCGUGAUACGGCAAUGAUAGGCGAGGGAGAGAAGAGUGUGAGCAUCGUUCGUGGAUCCCGUGAGAAAUACCCUAAGAAGGAGCACCAAGCGUGGAAACAGUCGAAUAAGCCAAAUGCAAUAAAAUGCUGGCUGUGUGGCGGAGGGCACCAUGCGCGAAAGUGUUUCCACAAGUCCUAUAAGUGCAAUAAUUGCCAUAGAUACGGACACAAGGAAGGGUACUGCGAGUCAGCUAUGAGAUGGGCCAAUGGAAAGAAGCGAUGCGUGAAAUCGGUGAUCGUGAACAGGGUGAAUAGUGCUAGCCGUGGCCGUGUAAAUUUAUUUUUGAAUAACACCCAGAUCCCGAUGAUGGUAGAUACCGGAGCCGAUAUAAGCAUAAUUUCGAGCAAGCAGUGGCACGCAAUCGGUAGCCCUGCAUUAAUUCCUGCAAGCGUGAAAGCGAGGACGGCGUCUGGUGAUCCUUUACACAUUUUGGGCGAGUUCCAAUGUGAUAUAACAAUUGGCCAGCAGUGCAAGCGUUUUACAAUACGGGUGACAGAAGCUGACCUAAUGUUGCUGGGAGCGGAUUUAAUGGACACAUUUGGUCUUUGGAAUGUUCCUUUGGCAUCAAUAUGCAGUGAGAUAAAUGUCGUAGAAGCAAGCGAGAAUACGAAGACCCUGCAAAAAGUUUUUCCUGCAUUAUUUUCGUCGAAGCUAGGGCGAUGUACGAAAGGUUGUGUGAAGUUGAUGCUGAAAGAAGGAGUGACACCAGUGUUCAGACCCAAGCGACCAGUAGCGUAUGCGAUGUUGCAAGCAGUCGACGAUGAGCUUCUGAGGCUGGAAAAUGAUGGCAUUAUUACACGAGUGGAAUAUUCGGAUUGGGCAGCACCCAUUGUAGUGGUACGCAAGGCGAAUGGAACCAUCAGGAUCUGCGGAGAUUAUUCAACGGGUUUGAAUAAUGCUCUAAUGGCGCACCAGUACCCACUGCCAUUACCCGAGGAAAUUUUUUCCAACUUGAGUAAUUGUGUUGUGUUUAGCCAGAUUGACCUCUCUGAUGCAUUUUUGCAGGUGGAGGUAGAUGAAAAUCAUCGCGGACUUUUAACGGUCAACACGCAUCGAGGUUUAUUCCGAUAUAACCGUUUACCACCCGGAGUCAAGGCAGCGCCGGGAGCGUUCCAGCAGUUAAUCGACACAAUGUUAGCUGGCUUGGAUGGUGUCGCAGCAUAUAUGGACGACAUCGUAGUUGGAGGCAAGGACAUGGCAACCCAUAAUGGCAACCUGCGAGCGGUUUUGGAGAAGCUGCAAGAGUAUGGAUUUACCAUACGCGCAAACGCUUCAUCGAUUGGAUUAGGAGCUACUAUAUCGCAUAGGUGGCCGGAUGGAAAGAUAAAAGUAGUCCAACACGCAUCGCGAGCACUUACAGCAGCUGAGCAGCGUUAUAGCCAACCUGAUCGUGAAGGGCUAGCGAUUAUUUUUGCCGUCACUAAAUUUCACCGUAUGCUGUUUGGACGACAUUUUCUUCUACAAACAGACCAUCAACCAUUGCUCCGAAUCUUUGGUUCGAAAAAGGGUAUACCUGUAUAUACCGCAAACCGUCUACAGCGUUUCGCUUUGACAUUACUGCUUUAUGAUUUUGAAAUAGAGUACGUACCAACUGAGAAGUUCGGAAAUGCAGAUGUGCUAUCCCGGUUGAUGGAUAAACAUGAAAAACCGGAACAAGAUUUUAUAAUUGCCAGUAUUGAACUAGAUAAUGAUGUCGGAGCCCUUGUGAAAAAUGCAGCGAAGAGUUUACCGCUGGCAUUUGAACAUGUAGCGCGCGAGUCGCAUAACGACCCUUUGCUUCAGGUCGUGUAUAACUACAUACAAAGUGGGUGGCCAAAGAAUAUAGAUAAUGCGGAAUUGAAAUACUUCUACGCGAGACGAGAGUCCCUUUCAACAAUUGAGAAUUGUAUUUGUUUUGGAGAGCGGUUAGUGAUUCCUGCGUCGCAGCGUCGGCGGGUGCUAGAAAUGAUUCACCGUGGUCAUCCAGGAAUCGAUCGUAUGAAAGCUAUAGCACGAAGUUAUGUUUAUUGGCCAUUGAUAGACGCGGAUGUUGAGAAACUUGUAAAGUUAUGCAAAUCGUGUGCUUUAGCAGCUAAAUCGCCAAUUCAUAGCUCUCCAAUAUCAUGGCCGAAAACUGAUGCACCAUGGCAGCGUGUUCAUAUAGAUUACGCUGGACCUAUAGAUGGUGUCUACUUUCUUCUGGUGAUUGAUUCCUUUUCUAAGUGGCCUGAAAUUAUUUCGACUUCAAGUAUAUCCGCUAAUGCAACCGUCACUAUGUUGAGAGGAUUGUGUGUUAGAUUUGGCAUGCCUAACACGAUAGUGAGCGACAAUGGUAGGCAGUUUACCAGUGCAAUUUUUGCCGAUUUUUGCAACACUAAUGGAAUCGAGCAUAUGGGCAAUGGGCAAGCAGAAAGGUUUGUUGAUUCCUUUAAAAGAGCGCUCAAAAAGAUAAAGGUGGGGAAGGUGUCAUUACAGGAAGCCUUAGAUACGUUUCUCCUGACCUACAGAAGUACACCGAACAAGCAGCUAGAAGGAAUGCGUACUCCAGCAGAGGUCAUGUUUGAACGAAAAAUCCGUACUUGCUUGGAACUGCUGCGUCCCCCAGUACAAGUUGAAUCAACGAGCAGGCAGAUGCCACCCAGAAAGUUCCACGUUGGUGAAACGGUUUAUGCUAAGGAGUACCGUAAUAAUUCCUGGAGUUGGAUUCCUGGUGAGAUCACCAAACGGCGUGGAAACGUAAUGUAUGAAGUACAGAACGCAGCCGGAAAGAAGUGGCGUUCACACAUCAACCAGCUACGACCACGAUUGAAUAUCGGUACACAUACUGUCCAACCAGACGCUACGGAAACUUCAAUGGCUUUGAACAUUUUAUUGGAUGAAUGUCGAAGCACUGCUAGUGACAGCUUUACCUCGGCGGUGUUACCUCCUGGGAUUUCUGUGCCAUCGUCAUCGUCAUCGUCUUUAAUGUCAGCGUCUUCGUCAUCGUCGUAUUCGUCUUCGACGUCGUCUCCAUCGUCUUCAUCGUCAUCCCCGUCACUGUUACCUUUCAUGUCUGAAUCGUCUCCGUCCCUUUUGUUAUCGUCAAAUAAUACGGAUGUUCUAAGUUCUCCAGAUUUCGCUACAGCUGACAGUGCAUCAUCGCCUUCACCGGUGCAGCCCCUACGUCGUUCUACGCGUGUUCGAAGAUCGCCACAGUGGAUGCGGUCGUACCAGAGAAAUUGAAGAGGAGGGAUGUUGGGAGCCACCCUGUACAAGCCUUGACAGAGUUCGUCAUGCGCCCGAUGUUAGGCGACCGUAUGCGUGAAAGCACGAUCGACGCUCUUCGGGAUAGAGAGAUCGCUCUCUUCUCUCCCGACCGGCUAAGGCAAAGGACGUAUCGUUUGGUCCGUGUGUAAAAUAUUACAUUAUAUUAAUAAAAGUUAUUGUUGUAGAUCGAAGAUACAAAAGUGGCGACGAGAAUAAUUCUGGCGAGCUGUUUCCCGUGAUUUUAUCGAUUUUGAUUUCUAUUUUACCCGUUUUCUGUGUAAACGGAGGAUCCGUGUCUUUGACCUGAUGGAACGAAAUGGUGAACCAUCGCCAUCGCGGAGCAGCCAUGACCCAAGCCAGCGAACCGUCACCAAUUUACCGUUGGACACGAAUGCCUUCAUCCAAGACAUAUUUAAGCAGCAGCAGGAAAUUCUUCAUCAGCAACAACAGUCCUUUUUGCAACAGCAGGAGCAGCUAAUUACUAAAGUGCUAGCUUCAAUUGGAUCGCGACAACAUGUGGGAAAUGAACACAUUAUUGAUGCCCUAGCAAAACACAUACAAGAGUUCCACUAUGAUCCGGAGGAUGCUGUUACAUUCAGUGCUUGGUUUGCGCGAUACGAAGAUCUCUUCGAAAGGGAUGCGGAACGUCUGGACGAUGCCGCGCGAGUGCGUCUUUUGUUGCGGAAGCUGGGUGCAGCGGAACACGAGCGAUAUGUAAGUCACAUUCUUCCAGCUAAACUAAAUGAUUUCGAUUUUAGAUCGACGACUGGCAAGCUGAGAAAAUUAUUCGAUUCUCCUGAAUCCGUCAUCGCCAAACGGUACCGAUGCUUGCAGAUGUGUAAAUUGCAGGAAGAAGACUACAUGACUUACUCGUGCCGCGUGAACAAGGCUGUUAUAGAAUCCGAGCUGGGAAAGUUAUCCGAAGAGGAACUAAAAUGUCUAAUUUUUGUAUGUGGUCUGAAAGACGACAGUUAUUCCGAGAUUUGCAUAAGGCUCCUAAAUCGACUAGAGGAGAAAAGCGAUAAAACGGUAACGGAUAUGGCAGAAGAGUGUAAACGGAUGGUGAACUUGAAGCGUGAUACGGCAAUGAUAGGCGAGGGAGAGAAGAGUGUGAGCAUCGUUCGUGGAUCCCGUGAGAAAUACCCUAAGAAGGAGCACCAAGCGUGGAAACAGUCGAAUAAGCCAAAUGCAAUAAAAUGCUGGCUGUGUGGCGGAGGGCACCAUGCGCGAAAGUGUUUCCACAAGUCCUAUAAGUGCAAUAAUUGCCAUAGAUACGGACACAAGGAAGGGUACUGCGAGUCAGCUAUGAGAUGGGCCAAUGGAAAGAAGCGAUGCGUGAAAUCGGUGAUCGUGAACAGGGUGAAUAGUGCUAGCCGUGGCCGUGUAAAUUUAUUUUUGAAUAACACCCAGAUCCCGAUGAUGGUAGAUACCGGAGCCGAUAUAAGCAUAAUUUCGAGCAAGCAGUGGCACGCAAUCGGUAGCCCUGCAUUAAUUCCUGCAAGCGUGAAAGCGAGGACG